AUGAGCGAACAGCAGAUGUGUCAGAGCUUUUCGACCUGUCCUCCGAUGAACGAAGACAUGCUGAAAGAGGAAACUCUCUGCAAAAUUCCUCAUAAUAUAAUGGAUGACGAUGCACGGUCAAGAGGCUCGUCAAUUUUGGAAUCCGAGGACACAGUCGAAAAUGAUAUGAGUUUAAAUAACGCAACGGUAGUCGAACCCAACUCGAGGUCAGUUUCAUCGAACAUGGCCAGGAAUCAUUCGUCAACAGUGCUGCUAGCUACAGCGGUCGUCUUAGUGGAAGAUGACACAGGCAAGGUUUUCCAAGCGCGGGCCCUACUGGACUCGGGCUCAGAGUGCAAUUUCAUGACAGAGGGGCUCUGUCAACGUAUGAAGGUAUCUCGUAGGCGUUCGAACAUUUCCGUCCUUGGGAUUGGCCAAUCUAACACCAGCGUCAAACAUCAAGUGUCAGCGGUUAUUAGGUCAAGAAUGUCAAACUUUUCUCGGUCGAUGGAUUUCCUUCUACUACCAAAGGUCACAGCGGAUCUCCCUACAACCAGCGUAACGGUUUCCUCUUGGCAGUUUCCACAAGGUGUGGAGCUAGCCGACCCGGCAUUUUUUAAAUCGAAAUCCUUGGAUAUGGUGCUAGGAAUACAGCACUUCUUCUCAUUUUUCCCGAGCCAUGCUAAAAUUCCGUUGGGCGAAGGUUUACCAAUGCUGAUAGAAUCAGUAUUCGGUUGGUUGGUAACAGGAUCCGUGGAGAACCAAGGUUCUACUUCCCGCAUCGCUUGCAAUACGGCUGCAAGGGUAGAUUUGGAUGAACUUCUCACUCGUUUUUGGUCAUGUGAAGAGAUAGGGUCUCUGAACAAUUAUUCCCCGGAAGAACAACGUUGCGAGGCGCAGUUUGUUCUAACCAAGUGCAGAAGUUCCGAUGGGCGAUACACCGUUGCGUUACCAAAGGACGAAAAGGUAUUGGCAAACAUUGGCGAGUCACGGGAGAUGGCUUUCCGUCGACUUCAAUCCCUGGAACGUAGACUGGAAAAGGAGCCAGAACUACGUAAACACUACCACGGUUUUAUGGAGGAAUACUUGGAGCUUGGACACAUGCGCAGGGCGGAUGUGGGUCCAGAAAAGCGGUUUUACCUUCCCCACCAUCCAGUCAUCAAGCAGGCUAGCACAACCACGAAGGUACGAGUUGUGUUCGACGCAUCGGCUAAAAGUAGCAGCGGCAUAUCCCUCAACGAGGCGUUAUUGGUUGGACCCGUAAUCCAGGACGAGCUUCGUGCUCUCAUUAUGCGUAGUCGGAUGAAACAAAUCAUGGUGGUAGCGGAUAUCGAGAAGAUGUUCAGACAGAUCGGAAUUCAUGAAGCGGAUAUGCCCUGGCAGAGCAUCCUUUGGAGAGCUGACCCCAAGAAGGAAGUUGAAACCUUUGAAUUAGCCACCGUUACGUACGGAACGAAACCUGCGCCAUUCUUAGCGACCAGAACGUUGAAACAACUAGCCAUCGACGAGCAUCAUCGAUUCCCAGCGGCAUCCAAGGCAUUGGAGGAGGACAUUUACAUGGACGAUGUAAUAACCGGUACGGAUCUAGAAGAAGAUGCUGUCAAGUUGUGUGUAGAUCUCAUCAAGUUGACGAAGUUGACGAGUAGCGGAGGUUUUCGUCUAAGGAAGUUCGCAUCCAAUUCAGCUGCGGCCUUGAGAGAGGUGGAUUCGGAAGAUCUGGCCCUACAACAAACCGAAGAGAUAAAUCUAGAUCCUGAUCCAGCAGUAAAGACCCUCGGAUUGGUUUGGCUCCCACGCACCGAUCACUUUCGGCUCAAUUUCAACAUUGAAAGAGUUCCCAUGGACGAGCGAUUAUCCAAACGAAAAAUCCUGUCAGCCAUAGCUAUGCUAUUCGAUCCCCUGGGACUUGUAGGAGCGGUAACAGCUAGUGCGAAAAUCUUCAUGCAGCGUUUGUGGCGACUACAAGAAGACGGUAACAGAUUAGACUGGGAUCAUCCUGUACCGGUGAACGUAGAACAAGAGUGGCGAAAUUUCUACGACCAAUUACCUAUCCUGAACGCUCUUAAGAUUCAACGUUGUGCAAUCAUUCGUAAUGCAAUCAAGGUGGAAUUGCAUUUCUUUUCGGAUGCAUCGGAGCGCGCGUAUGGGGCGUGCGCAUAUAUAAGGAGCGUCGACGUCGAUGGAAAGUCCUACGUAUGUCUACUAGCAUCGAAAUCCAAGGUGGCACCGCUGAAAUGUCAAUCCAUUCCGAGACUGGAGCUUUGCGGAGCACUUUUGUCGGCGGAACUAUCCAGCAAGGUACGGGCGGCGCUUAAGAUGCAGGUCGACAUGCAUUUUUGGACGGAUUCAACGUGUGUUCUUCAGUGGUUGAAGGCAAUCCCGUCUACAUGGUCAACAUUCGUGGCUAACCGUGUUGCGAAAAUACAAACCAUUACCGAAAACUAUCCAUGGAGACACGUUCCUGGCUUGCAGAAUCCAGCAGACCUCAUCUCACGUGGUAUGGACCCAGAACAGAUAGAGGGAUGCGACCUUUGGUGGAAGGGCCCUGAAUGGUUAGGGCAAAGUCAUUUCCCGGAGCAGCCAAGAACCCUGGAAUCACAAGUAGCUGAAGAGGAAGUCCGUCGUUCAGCACACCCAGCCGCCAGUUGUGUAGCACAUUUUGGAGAAGAGUAUGUGCUAAAAUUCUCGUCCUUCACUAAACUUAUACGCAGCACCGCAUACUGGAUGCGACUUAUGCGUAUACUGAGAAAGUCCGAAGACAACCGCAGCAGUUUACUGACCGUAGAAGAGUUGAGAGAUGCAGAGUUUGCAAUUAUUCGUCGUAUCCAACAAGAGUCUUUCCCUAAUGAGUGGAAGGCUUUAACGAAGAAAGAAGCUGUUCAUCGAAGUUCACCGCUGAGAUGGUUCACCCCACACAUAUCAUCGGACGGCCUAAUUCGUGUUGGAGGAAGAUUAGGCAGAUCACUGGAAUCGGAAGAUACGAAGCACCCGAUUGUGCUUCCAGCAAAACACCCGUUCACUACGAUGAUAUACGAAUAUUACCAUAUCAAGCUUCUACACGCCGGUUCUCAACUACUUCUUAGUACAGUUAGGCUGAAGUAUUGGCCUCUUGGAGGCAGAAAUAUACCGCGACAAGUUGUCCAUAAAUGUAUGAAAUGCUUCCGCUCUAAACCAAAUCCAAUUGAGCAAUUUAUGGGUGAGUUACCCCAAGCACGCGUGACAGUAGCUCGAGCCUUUUCAAGGACAGGCGUCGAUUAUUUCGGACCGAUAUAUGUUCGUCAAGCUCCCAGAAGACCAGCGGUCAAAGCUUAUGUGUCGGUUUUCAUCUGCCUUUGUACGAAAGCGGUUCAUCUAGAACUUGUAUCCGACUUGUCAACGGAUCGUUUCCUUCAAGCCUUACGGCGGUUCAUCGGGAGAAGAGGCUACUGUUCCGAUAUCUAUUCGGACAAUGGAACGAAUUUCGUCGGAGCACGAAGCUACCUUCGAGAGCUACUAAAGUUGCAACGCAGUGAUCAACAUAAAGAAGCAGUUUCGAAGGAGUGCGCCAACAACCAUAUCCAAUGGCACUUCAUACCACCAGCCGCGCCCCAUUUCGGAGGACUUUGGGAAGCAGCGGUCAGGUCAGCCAAAAAACAUCUCCUGAAGGUUCUAGGGGAAAAUCCUAUCCCGUUCGAAGACACAAAAUCCACACUUUGUCGAGCCGAUUGGCGGAACUUAUUGGCAUUGAGACAUGGUGCCGUCUUUGAUAUGGCAGCUGGUUUUAUUAUUUUGAAAAACCAUCCCAUUUUCCGCCACGGCAACUCGGCUGCCACCUGA